UCUUUUUCCUCUCUCUCUCUCUCUCUCCUAAAAAUAAUAUACUUCGCCUCCUCUCUCUCCUCCCCCUUCCUUCCCCUAUCCGCCUCCGCCGCCCUCCUCAUUCCUCAACGCGGCGACGACCGCCGCCUCCCGCACGUCCUACCUAGCCCGGCGCCUCCUCCUCCUCCUCCCGCGCCCGUCGCCGGAGACCGGCGGAGGUCAACGGCGCGGGCCCCGACGGCCGCAGCGCUGCAGGCAUUCGCGGCCACGCGGGUCCCGGAGGGUUUUGGAGGCCUGGCUUCGGCGGCGUGAUCGGGUGCGGAGGCGGGCGCGGGUGUGGAGGGGUGAGCGGGCAUUGGAUGUUCUCGAUCCGUACGUGUCCCUGCUGACCUCCUGCCGCAAUGGAGGAGCCUGGCGCGGCCGUGCGCGGCGGGGAGGAGGGUCAUGUUGCUGACGCCCAACGGUUGGGGCCAGCGGAGGUUGUUGCUCUGUCUACUGCCACCGCCCCUGUACCGGUCCAUGGAUUGGGGGAUGACACAGUAGAGGUAUGCCGCGCUCCGGAAGCUAGAUUGUACACAGAGAUAGAUGACAAAGGGAGUGAUUUUGCUCUUGGAUUGGUGACUCCUGUCGAGCGUGCUUCUGCCUUCCUCCAAGGAAGAAGGUUUCAGAUAGGACAGGAGGACGGUUCGAGUUCAGAGCAGAGGGUCAUGGGCAUGGAGGAAGGGAAGGAAGGUAGUUUGGCUCCUGCGGCAUCCGCUGAAAAUGCCAGUCUGCAGAUUUGUCAUGAGGCCAAUGGCAGGCUUUCAAAUAGGACGUUACCUUCUCCUUGCCAUGAAGCGGUCUGUUCCGAGGAUGCUAUAUGUGUGUUUAACAUUUUGGAGAAAACGACAGAGGGGAGCCAGUUUGAGCAGGUGGGUUUGAUGGGUAACGGAGAUGAUUGUGGCGUCAUGGUGGGGGAAGUAAAGGAAACUGUAGAAGAUUUACGGACGGUUUGUAACGAAGUAAAAUGUGGUUAUGAAGGCUUGUCAGUUUUGAUGGAUCAUGGCAGCGAGCAAGAGCCACGUGGUGUUGAUGGCAUAGGAUCUAUCACGUGUGCAAAGGAUGAGCUGCAGUCAGAUAGUUUGAUAUCGGAUAUUGAAGCUGUCUCGAGAUCAGCUCAUGAAGAUUCAGUUCCUUCCAUUUCAGGGGGUAUUGAUCUCACUUUGGAUCGAAAGGCAGGUCAGUGCCAUGGGGCUGACAGAGGGAUGUGGAAUGGUGAUUUAGCCCAUGACAAUGGGGACUUGUCAGACCCAGGGAAGCAUCACUCGGAGAAAUUGCCAUCUCGUGCUGAGGGCCUGACAUUGAUAACCAGUGCUAAUUAUGAGCUGGAAAAGGUUGGUUUCCUGCCAAAUGUCGAUGCAGUACACUUCUGCCCAGUUGUUGAAACUUCAGUUCCUUCUAUUUAUGGGAGCUCCGUUGAUGUGCCUUUAGAUGGUCAGGCUCUUGAGCUCCAGAUGGAGGCUUAUGAUGAUGGCAAUCAGCAUUUUGGCCCUUGUCCUGAUAAAGAGUUGCAACAGGUCUCUCUAAAAUAUGGGGCCCCUGAACUACCUCCAGAUAGAAACCAGUGUGUUUAUUCGUAUAACCAACUUUGCAACGAUGAACCUUGUUGUAGCAGCAAGGAACCAUCUGCUCUAUGCCUAGGUCAUCAAGGUGCUGUUGGUGGAUCUGACCAUUUGGACCAAGGGCUCAGUGCCUGUAAUUCUGCUGAUGACAGCUCUGUUGAUUUUAUCAGUAAUGCUAAUGAUGGAGAAUCACAGAGCCAAAAGCUGACAGCAUUACAGGUAUUCAUACGUAGGAAUCCAAAAAGAGCUGCUUCUUCAAGAAGUCUUAAUUCUGAGAAGCAAGAUCGAAUAGGCAGAGGGAGCAGUGGCUCACGCAAACCUAAAAAGGUUGAUAUCAUGAGCUCAUUACACCAAAGCACCAUGGAUAUGUUCCCCAACAAAAUCACUAAGGGAAGAAGUGGUAUGAACAGGCCACCAAAAUCUUCUACUUGGGGCAAUCUAGAACAGCUAUUAGAUUGCUGUCCAAGCUAUGGGCCAUCUACUUCUAAUUCUCAUCCAAUUUGCCUGGACAAAGGAAUAUCGUAUAACAGAUCUGAUCAGAGAAGUCAGCCAAGUAUUCGGAGAAGUCGAAGUUCAAGAUCUUCAAAAACUAAAUGCUCUACCUUCUCUGAAAUAGGGCAUGCAUCUAAUGAACUGGAUGGGCAACCAACCUUAACAACUGUGGCUGAUAUAGGGCAUGCUGCUAGUGAAUUGAAUGAGCAACCAACCUUCUCAAUCGUGGCUGAUACUGAUAUUUCAUUGGAAUGUCACAGAGGAAACAUUUCAAAUUUGUCUUCUGAUAAAUUAAUUACUAUUCUUGAUAGUACUGGCAAAACUACAGAGUCUAUUGAUAGUCAUCAUACAGAAUCAAAGUGUAUCCAGACUGAUGUGCAGCAAAGAGAAAGAGCCUUGGUGAGUUGUACUAAAGAAACAUGCGCCGCAUACGUCCAUGGAAAGUGUACUAACCUUUCAACUUCUGAGCCUAUGGACAAUGCCAAUGGCAGUGUCAUGCUGCAUAUUGGGUUUUCGCCGGAUUCUGUUUUGGAGGUUGCUUCUGUUACAUGUGAAGGUAAUGCUUCUGCAAGCCAUGAUGUUAUGUUACAUGAAAACUCAACCGAUGCUGGUGCACUGAAUGGUGGUGAUCCAUCCGUUUUAUCUACUUCUGACUGUGGAAAAGAACAUGCUUCAUCAUUGAUGAACUUGGAGCAGCAUGCUAGAAGUACUUUGCAUGAGGACACCAGAAAGGAAGAGGUUGGUCCAUCUCAUGGCACAGUAGAAAAUCAUAUUGGUGAAGGAAAGGUGCGAGCUUCACAGAAGUCAAAAUCUGUGAGAAAAAAUGGUAUUGUCAGAAAAGCAGGUUGCAAAAAGAAAGAUGGAUCUAAAGCGGUAAAAAAGAAUGUUAUAGGAUGCAACAAUGUUUCUCCAUGUGAAUCUUCAAAACUUAGUCCGUUCUCUAAUGGUCCAAUUUCACCUGGGCCUCCAGAUGACGGGUCUUGCUUUGAAGCCCUAACUUCAGGCUCACAGGACCUUAGUAUGCAUGAACAUGAUGGCAUACAGAGUCACUCUGUAGUGCAUGGUGACAAAGGGAGUGCAUUUGACAGUAUGAAAUCACCAAGACGCAAGAUAAAGGAUACUAAUGCAAAAAAGAAGGGUAAGGUGCGAGACCCACAUAAGAAAGAAAAAGGUAAAAAGAAAAAUACAUCGGGCGAAACUUCCCUUGAUCAUGGACUUUUACAUUUGCCUUCUACUGAACGGGCAGCACCUCAUAUGAAUGAACAGAGUAAUCUUGAUCCUACCACCGAACUUGCAUUCAAGAACUCUGGUGCCAUAUCUACUGAUUUACCUGGAAAUGUUGCAUGCAAAAUGGAUGUGGCAUCUGUACCACCAGUGCCACCACGUGCUGCAUGGGUGUGUUGUGAUGAUUGCCAAAAGUGGAGGUGCAUACCUGCUGAACUAGCAGAUGUGAUUGGAGAAACAAAUUGCAGAUGGACUUGUAAGGACAAUGGAGACAAGGCGUUCGCUGACUGUUCUAUUCCACAAGUGAAAACAAAUGCUGAGAUUAAUGCAGAACUUGAUCUUUCAGAUGUUUCAGCUGAUGAAGCAGACAAUGGUGGAUCUAACUCAAAAGCUUGCAAACCACCAUCAUGGACUCUUGUUAGGUCAAACUUGUUUCUGCAUCGAAACCGCAGGACACAAUCCAUUGAUGAGAGCAUGGUGUGCAACUGCAAGCCGCCCCAAGAUGGCCGAAUGGGUUGCAGAGAUGGCUGUUUGAACAGGAUGCUCAACAUUGAAUGUGCCAAGCGUACAUGUCCUUGUGGAGAACAAUGUUCUAAUCAGAAGUUUCAGCGACGUAGCUAUGCAAAACUGAGAUGGUUCUAUUCUGGCAAGAAAGGCUAUGGACUGCAGUUGCAAGAAGACGUUACUGAAGGAAGGUUUCUUAUUGAAUAUGUUGGAGAGGUCCUUGACAUAACAUCCUAUGAAUCCCGCCAAAGAUAUUAUGCUUCAAAAGGCCAGAAACAUUUCUAUUUCAUGGCUCUAAAUGGUGGCGAGGUAAUAGAUGCUUGCACUAAGGGGAACUUGGGUCGAUUCAUCAAUCAUAGCUGCAGCCCUAACUGCCGCACAGAGAAGUGGAUGGUCAAUGGAGAAGUCUGCAUUGGAAUAUUUUCUUUGAGGAACAUCAAGAAGGGUGAAGAAUUGACAUUUGAUUACAAUUAUGUUCGUGUAUCUGGUGCUGCUCCUCAAAAAUGCUUCUGUGGUACCGCCAAAUGUCGGGGUUACCUUGGUGGAGACGUAUCAAUUGUUGAUACCAUCGUCACCCAAGACAAUACAGAAGCAGAUCAUUUUGAACAAAUGGUUGUUGACAAAGAUUCUGAGUUGCUGGGUCCAAAUGGGUCUGAUUCUGAUGGUAGCCACCCAAAUAUUUCAGAAACUGAAUUUUCUAUUCAAGGGGAAGAUCUACAUGAUCCCUCAGCUGCAAAAGUAGAGUUAGACCUGCUUGAGGAAACUAGAGGAACCCCAUUUGAAACUAGUGAGCCCGAACAUUCCUUUGAAGCAUGGAGCCCACCAGAAGAUGAAGAUGUCAGUCGCACGCCUGUGCAUGUGUCACGGGCAUUUGAAAGUUCUUUGCAGACGUUCCCAGUACAUGACACUCAGUCAUCAGAUCUUUUGAGAAAGACUGCAAUCUCAACGGAAGGAUCAAAGGCUCCAAAUAUAAUAAAUGGAUCGACGCUUAGUUCUGAUUUCAGGGGCAAUCUGGUGCCUACUUUCAGUGCCACCAAGAGAAAAAACUUCAAACAACAUAAAAAUCAGAAACCGCAACCAUCAUCUCCAAUUGACAAUGAGCACAUUUUGGGAGUUGAAGGGACACUGAACAGCCUACUGGAUGUGGACGGUGGUAUCAGCAAGCGAAAGGAUGCUACAAAUGGAUACUUGAAGCUUCUCGUUAUGACUGCAGCAGAAGGUGGCAAUGCUGGGGUCUCAUCCAAAAGUAUGAGGGAUCUUUCAUUGAUUCUUGAGGCACUUCUAAAAACAAAAUCACAUUCGGUUCUGUUGGAUAUCAUCAAUAAGAAUGGACUGCAAAUGCUUCAUAAUAUAUUGAAGCAGAAUAGAGGCAUCUUCCAGCGGACACCUAUUACACGGAAGCUUCUGAAGGUACUUGAGUUUCUAGCUCAGAAAGGAAUUUUGACAUCUGAACAUAUAAAUGGAGGUCCUCGAUGUGCUGGAGUUGAAAGCUUCAGAGACUCGAUGCUGAGUUUAACAAGACAUCACGACGUUCAGGUUCAUCAGAUUGCUCGGAGCUUCCGUGAUAGAUGGAUCCCCCGUAAUACAUCCACAUUUGUGCAUGAUGUCCAGGGGACUAAUACAGUCUGGAGUUCUGCUAGGAGGAAACGCAAGAGCCGUUGGGACUAUCAACCUGACGAGCAUUAUAAGAUGGUGGGACUAAAAAUCCAAAAAGUUUGUUCUGGCUUUAUGAGAAAUAAGUCGCAGAGGAAUCAGGGCGCAAACAACUAUUGUAAUGAUGUUCUUGGCAUGGGAAGUUCAACACAGGGUGCAGAUGAUGAAGCCCCUCCUGGGUUUGAGUCUCAGCUGGAGUGUCGGCCUGCACAACUUUCCAUAGGCAGUGAGGUUGCUCCAGGACUUUGCAUGGAGAGGUACCAACCUAGCUUGAGUAUUUCAUAUGGGGUUCCUGUCACUCUUGUUCAGCACUUUGGAACCCCUGAAUCUGAAGGAGGCCAAUGCCAUCAAAAAUGGAAAGUUGCACCUGGCGUGCCUUUUAGUCCUUUUCCACCAUUGCCUCCCUAUCCACGAGGGAGUCCUUGCCCCUCCACUUCGUCAUCCCAGAUGUUUCAGCAUGAUGGAGCACCCCAAGUUAAACAUAACAGUUCUGGACAAUGCGGAAGGAUCAUGGGCCGAGAUGGGAGAGUCCAUAGGUCAUGGCGAAAUGGGCCAAGAUCAAAAUGGCCAUACCAUCAUCAAGGAAGGAAAUUUUCGAGCACACAUAGAGUUGAAAGAUUCGAACCUCCAAAACCUCAAUAGUGAUUAAGGGUUCAGGGCAGUGAUUGGGCCCAGCCUUGCAGUUUUUGAACCUCAAGUAGUGGUGGUAUACAUGGUAAUUCCUUCUCGUCAGAAGUGUAACAGAAACUGUGUCAGCCUUUAACUAUGUUUAAAGAGUGUAACUUUCAGUUCAUUGGGGGUAGAACAGAUGCUGCACAUAGGUCAUUGCCAGUGCAGUGUUACUAAUUAAUUUGGUCAUUGUUUUUUUUCUCCCAAUGGGUAUUCUUAAUAGGAACAUUUUAUGAUUUGAUUUAAUCCUUUUUACAGGUGAUAAAGCUAACCAAUUUUAUCAACAAUCCUCUGUAGUCUCGUUUCCUUAAUUACGCUUUUUUCUCUCCCCUUUUGCUUUCUCCGUAAAGCUUCUGUUUUUGGUGCAGUGUUCAUGUGUUUGUUUCCUUUGCUUUUGCAUUUUAUUUCCACUCCAAUAGGUAAGUAAGCUUUUUUUGGGAUCUUGUACAUGAGGAAGCUUUUGAAUCUGUUCAACUUUUGGGAGUGCUCAUAAUUUCUAGUCCUCUUGCUGCUUCUACAUUACGAUGGCUCCUGUACUUAAAAUCUUAUGAUAUAGCUGAAGGUGAUUCCUAGUCGUUCCUCUCUUCUACUGAACGGGCACACCCAUGAACUGACACAUUGCUACAGGACUUACAGGUAAGUUGUCCUGAAUCCAAAUCUGAGCACAUUUUCCUUGAAUGUCUCAUUAUAUAAGUUGUGUCAUGCAAUUCUGGAGCACGAUUUGCUAGCUUUUGUUAUGUGGUGAUAUCUGACCAAAUUUGCUAAUGUCUCGUGUUUUCUUGUUGGAAUGUGGAAAGGCUAUGCUGUUAGCGUCAUUUUGUGAUAUCUGUCCGAAUUAGCUAAUGUCUCAUUUUUUAUUUUUUAUUUUGGGUUAAAUUUGAAACAGCUGCUUCGAAGAACUCAACAGUUGAUACCUGGCGCAGUGGCGUAUAUGGUUGGUUUUGGAAAUGUUGAGAGCUUACACCUUCCUCGUGUUGGAACAUGGGAAUGGUGAGAUUAGUUUAUUUGGUAUCUGGGUGCCCCAUGUCUGUAUACCGUGACCCUUGCACUCACAAAUUUAUUUUUUUUUCGGUGCGGGGUCAGCUUGUUUGUCGAGACUACAGGCUAUGUUUUUUCUUGUUAAUGAUUUAAUUUUGGCUAUGAAAUGGCAGACGCGAAGCUUGGCUACUCAACAACAUGCGACAACUCAGACAUGGUAGUAGAUUCCUGAAGCAUGUUUGUUAUAAUACUUUAGGUCAAAAGUGCUCAGCAUUGAUUUUACACUGUAUUUUAUGCUUAUCUUUCAUCACUAAUUGCUUGUAAAAUACUUACGCGGUCUUCUAUGCGUAUACUUUUUCGCGA